AUGGCCGGCGGCGGAGGCUGGGGUCCGGGCCGAGGCGGCGGCGGCGGCGGCCCUGCGCGGAGGGAGGGGGCCUCACUCCCGGGCGGCACAGUCAGGCCCUCGCACCGAGGCAACCAAAGCAGCCACCCGAAGCCGGGCCCCGGCCUGGAGCCCCCGAAGACACCUCUCCGAGCUUGGCGCGCCCCCGGCCCCCCGCCAGCCCUCGCGCCCCAAACUUACACACGCAGCGCCGCAGGGAGGGGGGCCGCGGCCUCGGGGACGGGGCUCAGCGCCGGCGGGGGCCCCGCGAGCGGCGGGCGGCUGGGCUCACGGCGUGCGAGCGGGGGAGAGCGCGCGCCUCGGCCCCGGGCCCGCCCGGCUGCGGCCCCUCGGCAUCCUCCGGCCGCCCUGGCGCCAGCUCGCGGCUCCGGCACAGACAUGAAGCGGGGGCCGCGCACGCCUAAGAAGCCCGCGCCAGCCAAUCAGCGCCGCGCGCCGCCCAGCCUCCGCCCCCCAUUGGCUGCGCCCGCGACUCCCGGACCGCCGGACUCCCGGGCUGACCCGCCGCGCCUGCCCCCCUCCGCCCGCGGGCCCCCUCCCCGCGCCCUCCCGGCGGCCCCUGCUGCCCGCGCCCCCCGCCCGGACCCUCACCCACCGGCCGGCCGCUGCGCCCCCUCCUGCGGACGCUCCGGGACCCGCCUCCCCCAAGGCCGCCUCCCCAGGAACCACCCGCCUCCAACCGGGCACCCCCUGCCCGGGAGCCCGCGUCCCGCGCCCUCGGGCCGUCUGGGCGUCCGCUCGCAGGACCCCCGCCCCUCCGCUCUCCCGGACCCCACCUCCUUCACCACUGAGCGGGGCCGGCCGGGGGUCCCAGCCCCCGACCCGGACGGUUCCCUCCCCCCGACUCGGGCCGCGGCUGAGCAGGGCGGGGGCACAGCUUCGGGGCGGCAGGGCGGAGGGCAGCGGCCGCCGGGCUCAGCGGGCCGCGGGGCCCCGGACCGGAGGCCGCUCAGGACUGUGCUCGACGGGGUGGGGGUGGCCGGGCCGGCGGCUCCGGAGAGGGGGAGGGGGCGUCCCCUUCCCGGGCGUGGCCUUCGCAGACCAACGGGCCGAACUGCCUGGGGCGAGGCCGCGGAGACCCGGGCUGGCGCCGGCGCCGGCUCGCAGGAGACGCCUCCGGGCAGGAGGAGGCAUUUUUCCCUCCCGGGGGUCCCCGAGGCGGCCCCUGGGGAGAGGCAGGCCACAGACGGCGACCUCUGUCCCCGAAGUCACCUGGAACUGCUCUCCGCACCCCCCGCGCAGAGACCCCGCUCCGAGGGCGGAGUGGCCCCGUGCACAGCUCCCCUCGCCGUCUCCCAUUGCUCAGACGGCGAGACCGAGGCUCCACGGGGGCCUACGGUCGACGAGGGGGGAGGGGGUCGGAAACAAAGAACUUCGGGGUGUCGAGACAGACCAGCCCCGGGCCGCGCCCGGGCCGCGGGCACAGCCCCGGGGCUUCUGCGUCCGGCUGUGCGUGGAUCCGUGCGAGGCCCCGGCGCGGGUAGAGACGCGGGACCGGAGGCGCGGAGCCCCCUCGGGCUGACACCCGCGCGUCCGGCCGCUGCGCCCCCCGCUCGGCGGGCUCCGGGGCGCGCGGGGCUCCGCUGGCUCCGGGGCGCGCGGGGCCGGCCCGGGGCGCUCGGGGCUCCGGCCGCAGAAGAGCAGGCCGGCGCCCGCCGCAUGCAGCGCCGGGACCCGGAGCGGGACGGCGAGGCCAGGCCGGGCAGGAGCUUAUUUAUCAAAGACCCCGGCACCCCCGGACAAUCCCGGGUGUCGGGCGAGACUGCCGCCAGCUCGAGCCCCGGGCCCCAGGCGGGAGCAGCCGAGCCGGACCGGGCCGUGGACGCCGGAGCCGAGCAGACGCGCGGGGCCCUGCGACCCGCGCCCUGGCUCGCGGGGAGGCGGCCCCUCCGCGCGCUCGGGAAAGCAGGUGGCCUGAGAGUCCCCGAGAAAGCAUGGGUCCUAACAGCUCAAGAUGCUUUCUCCCGGAAGCUGGAGGAGCAGGGUUCCGAGGCCACUUUCUAG